AUGACGUUAACCGAGAAAACACCACAGGUUGUAGAGACUGAUAAGGUCUCUAACUUUCCUCAAAAUGUACCUAUUCCUCACCAAAAGGACAAGGAUAUGUCAACGUACAGCAAAUUUUUGGCUAUAUAUACUAGACAUCCUGAGACUCAAGAAAUUUACUGCAUCGAGGAAAAGCAAGGUUGUAAGUUUGAGGAAAACUGGGAAGAUUUCAAGAAAUUUCUCACAACGGAAAAAUUUAGUUAUUCUUCACAAACUACUAAAAUCAAAGAAUAUGUAGUUGACGCUAAUAGUUCUAAGAUAUUUUCGGAGACUAUUGAAUUACCUUUUAAGAUUUCUGAGUAUAAGCGUGACGGUGAGAAUCAAAUAAGAGGAUGCGUCACUACAAUUGAAGACGAAAAUGAUUUCAACGACUGGUUUGUUUUUCACAUAUUAGACCAGUCUCGUAUGCAUAACCAUGAAAAAAGUAUUGAUGUUGAAGUGGCAAAAGUAAAGUACCAUGAGAUCUUCACUGAUUACUUUGCAUCCAACCUGAAAAAUACUAUUGUUGGUGAUGAAUGGGAAAAGGGCGGAAGAGAUUACUUCAUUGAUCGUGUUAAGUAUUUCACCGAUCGCUAUUUGAGGAUUGAGUGUAUCUUGCCUGCAUUCCCAUGCAAAUCAUCUAAUCAGAACAAAGUGAAUGGAACGAUGCCAGAUAAAGGAGAGGAACUGGCAUUAAGAAGGCUGAUCAAAGCUACAACAGAGGUCAGCAAAGUGUAUCCACCAGGGAUGAAAGUUUGGAUUGUUAGUGACGGACAUGUCUUUUCAGAUUGUAUUGGUGUAGACGAUGACAUUGUUUCCACGUAUACUGGCCAAUUGCAUACAUUGUACGAAACAAUUAAAUCUGAUGACAGUGACCCAAUUGGUUUUUGUGGUUUAAACGAUUUAUUUUUCACUGGUCUUGCAGCUGACCUAUUUGAUCCAAAUUGGGUCUCUGAUCUCAAACUACCACAUUAUACAGGAACCAAAAUAUGUUCUGUCUCAGAACUCUCACGACAAAUUUUGAUGAAGGGUUGCGACACAGAUGAUGGGAGAUUGAAAACUGAAAUUAACAUACCUGGUCAUCCGAGGCUAUACCUUUAUAGAGGCUUUUCCAAAUUCAUGGCAGAGGAUCUAUCUUUACUACCAUAUUUUUCAGGUUGUUCAAGAAAGGGUUUCAAGAAAACUGUUUCAAAGAUUGCAUUCAAUAUGAUCAGAAGAAAUGAUGCAUACUCUAAUUUAGUGGAAUUAGUUUUCCCUAAUUAUGUCAGAAUUUCCAUUCAUGCACAUACCAACAAGGGACCAAAAUAUGGUAUCAAAGUUAUCUCAACAAACCAAUGUCGUACUGUUAAAUCCUUGGAGGACAUUAACGCAGAGCCGACAUUCGAGGAUCUUCUACAUAUUCCAACGCCAUGGCAUAAUUGCGUUGUGAAGGUCGAGAAUUCAAGUGAUGGUAACAUAGAAUUUUUUUUGACAAAGUCAAAAAUAGUAAAAGAUGGUUUGGAAAGUGGAAAGUUCCAAGGUGCCUGGAAAGAAACAUGUAUCGAAAAUGGUGAAGGGGGUUACUAUUCGAUAGUGAAGUAG